AGGAAUAAAUCAUUGAAACGUGUUAAUUGAUGUCAAAAUAUCAAAUGCCUUAUUAGUUUUGGCUCAUGUUCCACUUAUCCAAGAAAUCCUUGGGUUGAGAUAAAACCCAUCAAACCCAAACUUGAAAAUCGACUCAAUUUUACAACGAAACGGAUCAUGGAUGCCCGGAGUUCUCUUCUCAAUGAGUUACUGGUCGCCAUGGAUGCAAAAGCUGCAAUGUUAGGUCCCAGAUUCUUGUAGAUGAUCUCAGUCUUGAUUGCAUCUAAAAGGGCUAAUAGAUUCUACAAUGGCUCCUAUAUCAGGUUAGGGAGGGCCUAAGAUUUUGUGAAAGCGCCUGAACGCAUUCAAUUCGACGCAACCCCAAAUUAGAAGUUCUCCGUAGUCAAGUGAGCUGAGAUUUCAUGCAUUGAAGUCGAAAUGAAGUUGAAGGUGGUUUGCCGGAAAGUAUACGAUUAUGUCCGAUAUGACCUGAAGGAAAUUGCAUUCCCUUCAUCUUUACCUGACCCUCCUCAUAUCAAAAAGCGUAGGGAAUUAACUUGGAAGGAGCGCUUCCUUGUGUUGAAGGAAGCAUCCAGACUUUAUGCUGCAAGCUGGGUAAGGGACAUUGGCCCUGAACUCCGACCGAAUGACUAUAAAAAGAAGCAAUAUACUGAAUGCAUGACUCAUGAACAAAAUGGUACAACUAAGGAGAAGGAACCUUCGACAUUGGAGGACCUAGCUGUGGCUGCAAGAGGUGGAAUGGAAACUCUUAGGCCCGCACUGCAGCGGGUUUAUAUGACAAGAGCAUCAGCAUACAGAGAUGCCCUCAAAAGCUUUAUUGAAGGAUAUCAAGAAGGUAUUCAACAGGUCACGGAGAAGAAAGAAGAAACUAAUAAAUCUCGAGAAGAAAAAGGAUGUACAUAAAGGGCGAACUUGACUGGCGAGGCCAAAUAUUGGCAAUUGGAAAAAAGAAAAUGAAGUAAAGCUUUCUUAUGAGCAAAAGAAUUCCCAUCUUUUUUGCUUUAUUCAUCUGAACUCUAGAAAUCUACUUAGCAACUUGUAUAGGACAUGCGAAUACAAUUAGAAUUUAGAAAGCCUGCAGAUGUAGUGAGAGCAAAUUAUACCAUGGACCAGACUCCACUUUGCAUUGUGAACUU